AUGUCUGAGGACGCUCUUCACUCAAGCGCGCCCCAUAGGUCGAACGGCUUGCAGUUCAAGGAAUACAUGGCGCCAGCCCCUCCCAAUAUCCAGGAAGUCCCAGACUUUGACGACCCUAAUAUCGACCCAGACGGUGCAUUUCUAGGGGAACUUGGCAUGGUAUGGGCCAUAAUCAUCCCAGGCCUCAAUCAAUUCUUCUACUUCCGAUAUCCUUCAGUAACAAUUGGCGGAAUUGUUGCGCAACUUCUGUCGUUCCCAGUAGGACGGGCAUGGGCUGCGAUCAUGCCCAAUGUGCGCAUCCUUGGCGUGUCAUUAAAUCCAGGACCUUUCACAAUAAAGGAGCAUGUGCGUAUGUCUGUUUACUGUGUAGACAUCGUGACUGACUGGCAGCAGACCGACAUAGUAGCCGUACAAAGAGUAUACUAUAAGCAAGUAUACAACUUCUCAUAUCAAUGGAUGUUGACCAUGUCGACACAAUUGAUCGGCUUUUCUAUCGGGGGUGUCGGAAGAAGAUUCCUCGUCCAACCACCGUCGAUGAUCUGGCCCUCCAACCUUGUCACAUGUACUUUAUUCAACACACUUCAUUCCCAAGUAUAUGCCGGGGUGGGAUCGCGCGGCGGUCUGAGUCGAGAGAGAUUCUUCUUUUACUGUUUCAUUGCAUCCGCGUGUUGGUAUAUCGUCCCUGGCUACCUCUUUCAAGCUCUUAGUGUCUUCACAUGGGCUUGCUGGAUAGCACCAAAUAAUGUCGUCGUAAAUCAAUUAUUUGGGUGCGUUGCUGAGCUCAGACAUAGCUUGAUAACUUUCGAUUGGGCCCAAAUAUCCUACAUCGGCAGGAUACUGACGCCGGUCCUCUACUACAAGAAUGUCUGGGAAGCGCAUUAUCUUCCAAUAUCCUCUCGUGGAUCAUAUGAUAACACUGGCAAGACGUACAACGUCACUCGGAUCAUCAAUGAAGACGCGUCGUUGAAUGUCACUGAGUAUAUACGAUAUAGUCCUAUCUUCCUGUCAACGACAUUCGCCGUGUCCUAUGGCCUAUCCUUCGCUUCUAUCACCGCUACACUCACGCAUGCUCUUCUCUACUAUCGGAAGCAAAUAUGGACACAGGCUCGAAAGUCGAUGAGCGAGCAAGCCGAUAUCCAUGCAAGGUUGAUGUCCAGAUACGCGCAAGUACCCGAUUGGUGGUACCUCGUUAUAUUUUUGGUCAUGUUUGCUUUUGGGGUUAUCUGCAUCAAAGUUUGGGAGGUUGACCUUCCUGUCUGGGGACUUGUACUCGCUCUUGCAGUCGCGUUCUUCUACAUCAUACCCAUAGGGAUGAUUCAAGCUAUCACGAAUCAGCAAGUGGGGCUGAAUGUAAUCGCAGAGCUCAUCGUUGGGUACCUACUCCCGGGAAAACCCAUCGCCAUGAUGAUGUUUAAAACCUACGGGUACAUCACCAUGUCACAGGCCCUAACAUUCACAUCCGACUUUAAGCUCGGACACUAUAUGAAAAUUCCUCCGCGGUCGAUGUUCUUCGCUCAGGUUCUUUGCGCUAUGAUUGCUGGCACCGUGCAACUGGGUGUCCAAGCGUGGAUGUUUACAAAUAUUCCGGGCAUUUGUACGCCCGAUCAGAAAAAUAAUUUUAUCUGUCCGAAUACCGAGGUCUUUGGAACAGCGUCAAUUGUCUGGGGUGUCAUUGGACCUGCACGUCAAUUCUCCAAAGGACAGACAUAUUAG